ACAGAGAGUGAGGGUGAGGAGGAUCAGACGGACAGAGCAUCUACAGUGAGCCAGGAGAGCGCUCAGAUACUCAGGAGAGACCUGCCUCCUCUCAUCGUAGUUAGAGACCAUCCUGAUAUACAGUCCGUAGUGGAAGACAGGCCAAGCCCCACACACAGGCCACAUGGUGACACCCUUUUACAACAGAAGCUGCAGGAAUCUAACAACCGGCUUUAUUUUGACGUGGGACAGACACUACGGCACGUUUAUGGCAGUGCCAGUAGAGAGGUUCACAGUGCAACAGCUCAGCUGAAUACUUCACAAGGCGCCAUCAUCAGUGCAUCCCACAGCAUCAGAUUAAUCCUGGAUGACCUGAAGGCUGUGUCCGAGAAGAUUGACAUCAUCACUAGCUGCCAAAUACUGCCUGAUAUUAACAUCAGUAAUCCAAACACUUAUACUACUCCUGUCCCUUAAAGAAACAAAUCAACAUAUAUUUUUUCAAAGAUACAUGUCAUGAUGUUUUCAUAUAAUUAUGGGCAGAUUUUGUUUAAAUAUUGAAGUAGGAUUCAAGCUGGAAAAAUCAGCAUUGUUAGCUUACCUGUGUUUAUGAGCAAAUACACAUAUAUGUAACAUUCACACACUGUUAUAUAUUCAUUAUUGUAUUGUCUGGAGCUCUGUCAAGGUAGGUUUCAGAGAAAAUAAUCUUAUCAUCUUAUGUUUUACAUCUCUGUUCAGGGAUUAAACAUUACAUUUUGCAUAUAAAUAUCCAAUGUUUCUUUUCUGCACUCGUGUAAAUAUUAAUAUAACUCAAAAUAAACCCUUAUGAAGCAUA